CCAAUUAGCUAAAUUUUUUUUAGAAAAGAAUCUUAAAAUGUUGUGGCGUGCUUGCGGUAAAGCAUGCGAAUAUCAAACAUUCCGAAAUUUUAUACAGAGUAGAUCAGCAUCUGGAUAUCUCAUUAAUGAUCCCAAAUAUUCAUUUUUAAAAGAUCUUGGCUUACAAGAAGAAAAUCUGGGUGUAUACAAUGGUACAUGGAGUGGCUCUGGAGAGGUUGUUGAGUCAACAAGUCCAAUUAAUAAUCAAGUUAUCGCUGCAGUCAAACAGGGCAACGUAUCAGAUUAUGAAACAACAGCUCAACUUGCAACAGAGGCUUGGAAAAUAUGGAGAGAAGUCCCUGCUCCAAAACGUGGUGAGAUAGUACGACAGAUUGGUGAACAUUUGAGACAGAAAUUAGUGCCACUGGGACAACUGACAUCACUGGAAAUGGGUAAAAUCAUCCCAGAAGGUAUCGGAGAAGUUCAGGAAUAUGUUGAUAUUUGUGAUUAUGCUGUCGGCUUGUCAAGAAUGCUUCCUGGAAGAAUUAUACCAUCUGAGAGACCGAGCCACGCCUUGUUGGAACAGUGGAAUCCACUUGGAUUGAUUGGUAUCAUCACAGCAUUUAAUUUUCCAGUAGCUCCUGCAGGAUGGAACACAGCUAUAAGUUUGGUUUGUGGUAACACACAAGUUUGGAAGGGUGCACCUACCACACCUUUGACUUCAGUAGCUGUCACGAAAAUCAUGCAGGAUGUGUUUGAAGCCAAUAAUUUACCUGGUGCUAUCUGUUCCCUCGUGCAAGGUGGAGCUGACGUUGGAAAGGCUAUGGCAGACGACAAAGAUGUCAAGUUACUUUCUUUUACUGGCAGUACGAAGAUUGGUCAUGUCGUCAAAAUGCAAGUUCAUGAAAGGUUCGGAAAAUGUUUGCUUGAAUUGGGUGGCAACAAUGCAAUUAUCGGAAUGGAUGAUGCUGAUAUUGAUUUAUUGGUACCCGCUACUCUGUUCGCGGCUGUGGGGACCGCUGGUCAGCGUUGUACCACGACACGUCGACUAAUUUUACAUGAAGACAUUCACGAUCAAGUUUUGGAACGGCUAGUUAAAGCAUACAAGCAAGUAAAGAUUGGUAACCCGUUGGAAGAUGGCGUUUUAUGUGGACCGCUUCAUACAAAACAAGCUGUCCAGGAUUAUUCCAAAGCAAUUAAAGACGCUCAAGCACAGGGUGGAAAACUUGUAUGUGGCGGCAAGGUGUUAGAAGGUGUUGGAAACUUCGUGGAACCAACAAUAAUUAGCGAUAUUGCUCACGACGCGCCAAUUGUACACACAGAGACAUUCGCUCCUAUUUUGUACGUGUUAAAAUGUAGUAGCUACGAGGAGGCAGUAGCCUGGAAUAAUGAAGUGGAUCAAGGUCUUUCGAGCAGUUUAUUCACAAAAGAUAUGGGGCGCAUGUUUCGAUGGAUGGGACCAGCUGGCUCGGAUUGUGGUGUAGUGAACGUGAAUAUCCCUACUUCUGGAGCUGAAAUCGGUGGAGCAUUUGGUGGAGAAAAACAUACUGGUGGUGGUAGGGAGUCUGGGAGCGAUUCAUGGAGACAAUACAUGCGUCGAUCAACGUGCACUAUAAAUUACAGCAAAGACCUACCGCUCGCUCAAGGAAUCAAAUUUGAAUAAUUUUUAUAGCAACAAUAAUUGACAAGGCGUUUAUGCAAGAGGAUUUACAGCCACAUUUUUUUAAAAAAACAAUGACAAUUAAUAGAAAGUAUUUUGUAGAUCUUAUAAAAAAUAAUAGAAAGUGGAUAUUUGCUUGA